AUGGCCUCCAUCAAGCAGACUUUCCAGAAAGUGCUGGACUCAACGGCACUCGCGACCACGAAAUUCAUUCGCCGACCCCCAAUUGACCCGAAAGUCCCGAUUCAAGGCAAACCAAGACAGCCAUCCUCAAAUGCAUACAAAGACCACCAGGAUAAGGAAGGUCUGCGGUUACAGAAGGCAUUAAACUCGCUCACCCACGGACAAAACAUCUUUGUGUACCACAACCUUCGCACGAAGCAGGUCGUGUACUCACUGACCCGUCAAUUGGAGAAAGCCAAUGUCCUCAAGCAAUGCGUCUACCACGGCAAAAAGACCGUCCCCGCCGAGGUCCGUAAGGACAUGUGGGUUCCUUUCUUCUCCGUGCACUUCAACGAAGCACAGGUUGGACUGAACGUCUACAACCUGGUGCGCCAAUUCGCACUCCUCCGCCAACUCUCCCCACCUAAGGAAAUGAUCACCGUGACGAAAGAAUACCUCGACUCUAAGCGUCCCCUAGACCCGCGCGACCAAAAGGAAUGGGACGAUCACAACAUGGGCCGACUUGGCCAGAUAAUGAAACAGAAGGAGCGCGCCCGAGUCCUCAUGGACCAGAAGGCCACUUCAAUUGCCGAUAUUGCCUUCGUUAUUGGAAAGUACUCUAAGGAUAUCCUCGAGGGUCUCCCCGGGUACACAAAGUCCGGGUACAAGACGUUGAAGGCGCGUAAGCGCAGGCGUGCAGCCCUCAAAGCUGCUACGGAGCUUGCUGCGGAUCGUGCCGAGCAGGUUUCCUCUUUGGAGGAGCAGCUUCAGGCUGAGAUCCGUACGGAUCUGUCCCUUCCCGAAGCGCAGCAGGUUAAGAUCCUGUGGAAUGAUUUGUACGAUGCGCAGUAUGCACAGGAGUGGCCUGAGUUUAUUCACCACGGUCAGCUGCGCUGGACUCGCAACCACAUCAUUGGUCAGGAGGCUGUUGAAGGCACCAAUGUCAUUACCGAUGGAACUUUCGAGGAGGCUAAGUAA